AGUUUAUACUAUAGAUAUUGUAAUGGAAAAUGAUGGCAAUAUUACAGAAUGUCAGUGUGAGUGUGCAGCAGGAAUGGGACCUCUAGCACACUGUAAACAUAUAUGCACAGCACUGUUUGCAUGCCUUUCAUUCAAAACACACGGAUCUGUGAAAACCGAACAAACAUGCACACAAAGGCUGCAAACGUUUCAUAGAGUGAGGCCACAUAGAGGAACCCCUAUGAAAGCGAAUAACCUGGACAUGCCUGGAUGUGAUGAAAUUUGUAAUUUCGCAGAUGGAUUUGAUCCUAGGCCUUUCGAGUAUAGGAAUAAUCUAGGAUACAAGUCUUACUUCCAGAAUGUAUGCCUUUCAUAUCCAGGAGUAAGCAAGACCCCUAUAUUUCAAACUUUCCCUCCAGCAAACAUGAGGGGCAUUGAUGUGGACCAUGACUACUUUACUCUUCAAGGAAGCUAUGCGUAUUUAAAUGAAAUAAAUGUUUCACAGAUUACAGAAGAAGAGGCACGAAUUCUGAAUUUAAAUACAGCAAAACAGGCUGCAUGCAAUAUGUGGCAUGAAGAAAGAUGCAAGCGUCUGCACUCUUCUGUGUUUGGCAGAAUUUGCAAAAUGACUGAUAGAACAGACAAAGUAAAAUUAGCAGAGACACUUGUUACGAAACAACGCAAACUUCAUUCUGCACCAAUUCUCCAUGGACAAAAGUUUGAAAAAGUUGCCAUGAAAAAAUUCCAAGACAUUACUGGACAUACAGUGUAUGACACAGGAAUAUGUGUAAGCCUUACAAAUCCGUAUUUGGCCGCUUCACCGGAUGGAAUCAUCGACGAAGACACUGUUGUGGAAGUGAAAUGCCCUUAUAUUGCAAGGAACGAAAUGAUCUCCAGACAGACAGUCCCAUACAUAAGACAAAAUGACGGCAAAUUUUCAUUGGACAAAAACCAUGAUUAUUACUAUCAAGUUCAGGGACAACUUUUUUGUGCAGAGAAAAAAAUAUGUUACUUUAUUGUAUAUACAUUCAAUGAUAUUUUAUUUUUCCCAAUUCAAAGAAAUGAUAAUUUUAUUUCAGAGAUGAUAAGAAAACUGAAUAUUUUCUAUGAAAAUCAUUUCAGGACUGCUGUUCUAGAAAAAAAUUAUUUCAAAUCUUAUGAAGACUGUCAUUGUUCAAAAUAAAUUUGAAAGAUUAA